AUGGAAACUGUGAAUUUAGCUGAUAAAUAUCGUUCAGCAGGUGUUGUUGGUAUUGAUCUCGCUGGCGACGAACACAAUUAUCCUAUUGAUCCACAUAUUCCUGCGUUUAAGCGUGCAGUUGAACUCGGUGUACAUCGCACAGUACAUGCUGGUGAAACAGGUUCAUCUGAAUCUGUUCGCCAAGCAAUCGAACUAUGUCAUGCUGAACGUAUUGGUCACGGUUAUGCUAUUAUUGAUGAUCCGUCAGUAUAUGAUUUAAUCCGUCGUAAUGAUAUUCAUCUUGAAUGCUGUUUAACAUCAUCCAUUCAGACGAACGCUAUUGCUAAAUAUAUUCCAAAGGAUAGUGAAAAACGAGAAAAACAUUUUAUUUUACAUGGUCAUGAAACAACAACAAGAUUACAUUUCCAUAUAAGAUCGAAAAAGGAAGUUUGGCAUCCAAUACAUCAUUUUGCUCGCGAUUCUUUAAAUUUUUCAUUAUCAUGUGAUGAUCCAUCUGUAUCACAAAUAACAAUUGAACACGAAUAUGAACAUGCAUUGGCUGAUUUAAAAUUAUCACCGGCACAGUUAACUCAAUGUGUUUUCAAUGCAGCGCGUUCAACAUUUUUAAAUGAUAAUGAAAAACAAUUACUAAUUCAACGUUUACUUACUAAAUACAUCCCAGGAGACAUUAUCAAAGACAAUUUUCAAAAUAACAUAAUGUCAAAUUUGGCAUUCUCAAAAAACAUUUAA